AUGGAAAAACUAGGUGUCUGUGACUACUUCACCCUGCAACAAGCUGGUGUGCUUAUUAACCAUCUCAUCAGACUCAAUGAGAUUGGAUCCACGAUUGAUGAGGAAACCCGGGAAUUGUCAGCCAAUAUCCUACAUCUGGUGUCCCUGCCCAAACUGAUAAAUGUGUUGUGUCAGCCUAUGAGCCCCAUGGCAUUUGUGCCCCUCUGCAAGACUGCCACUGAAAUUGCAUUGAAGAAUCAGGCCUUGGGCCAUGCCCCCUACCUUAGCAGCUACCAUCUUAACCCUACUGAAUACCCCUCCCCGCAGGUGCUCUUUGUCCACCUUCUAAUAUCUUCUCUGAUGCCAUAUAAAACAAAGGAAUUUGGCAUAAACUCCCUUUGGCUGUUAUAUGCUCUCCACCCUUUCAACUCCCUGCAUCCUGUGAUCCACUUCAAACUGGGCCAAGUGUGGACAAGAGAGAUUCCUGAUAUGAUUCACAUUCUGGAGAAACACACCAAAGAGGACUUAAUUCAGAAGGAAUGGGAGAAAAGGCUGCUUCUAGGUGACGCCCUGGUAGAAUGA